AUGGCAAGAAUAAUAUAUUGUUUAAAGAAAAAUAAGACAAUUACGGGAUCCUUCAUUGAAAAACAUAUUCUAGAUGGACCUAGUAGUACUAGAAUAAUUGUUAUUUAUUUCUAAAAUAACGUAUCUUCAAAUAAAGAGAAUUACUAUUGUAAUUGCCAGGAAUAGGAAAUGGAGCUGAUCGAUUGGAGGAUAAAUUGA